ACAGUGGCUAUCAAGAAACGAUCCAGAGUCCCUGGAGUUAUGAUCACUCAGUUUGUGGAGAUACUUCCUGCAGGAAAAUCAACACCCGACUUCACCCGGAAACCGAUGGCCUCAACUGUUCAAGAGGGGAAAAAAGCCUUUUUUAAAGCUACGGUGAGUGGAGAGCCAACACCAACUGUUACAUGGGGUCGCAACAAAGGGGAAGUGGAUGAUCCAGAAAAAUACAAAACCAGAUAUGAUGAAAGAACUCGAGAACACAUUCUUGAGAUACCAAAUACAAAGCCUGACCAAGCUGACACCUACAAGUGCUUUGCAACCAAUGAGUACGGAAACGCUGUCUGCACAGCCACUCUGAAUGUGAUGGAAGGUGGCAACAAGAAGAAACCACAAGACGCAAACGGGCAGGGAACACAAGACUUUAGAGCAAUGCUUAAGAAAACAACUGUUGUGACCAAGAAAAAGAAACUGCCACAACAGAAAGAAGGAGAAAUAGAUCCUAAACUCUUGGAGCUGCUUCUAAGUGCACCAAAAAAAGACUAUGAAAAAAUUUGUCGGGAGUUUGGUGUUACUGACUUCCGCUGGAUACUGAAACAACUUAAACAGAUGAAAAAAGAGAGAGAAGAUGAACAAGCCCAGGUUGUGGAGAAGUUGGAGAACGUGAAACAAAUUGAAGUGAAACCAAGUGGGAGAGCUGAAUUCAGCUUCGACAUGAAACUAAAGGAUUCCAACAGUGCAGUAAAUUUAUAUAAGGAUGGAACUCUGCUUUCAUACGAUGAAAAUAAAAACUCAAAGCACAGUCUUGAGAAAUCAGGGAUAAAAUAUAUUUUCAGCGUUAAAGACCUUCAGCCUGAUGAUGCUGGAUUAUAUCAGGUUGAUGUUGAGGAGACAAAUGUCCUUACAACUGACUUUCAAGUUCCAGAUGUGGAUUUUGUAGCAAAGAUCAAGGAUGUUAAAGUCACUAAAAAUGACGAGGCUGUCUUUCAGUGUGUUUUGUCAACACCCCUGGAGAAAAUAACGUGGGCGAAAGUGGACUCAUCACUUGAACAUAGUGAUAAAUAUGAAAUCACGGUCUCAGAGGACAAACUGACUCACACACUGAGAAUAAAAGAUUGUCAAAUUGCAGAUAAUGGAGCUUACUAUGCAAUUGCUGGUAUUACAUCCAGCAGUGCCCUCCUCAAGGUAGAAGCAGGUCAAAAGGGAACCACAGUUGGUGAUUAUGAUAACCACAUGCACACGUCAGAACAGCAAAAGGAGUUUCAACAAGAAAAGACUGAAGUGGACACAUCAAAACGUGCAAAGCUUGGAAAAUAUGCUACAGAUGCAGAAGACAAAGCUGCACAGGGAAAUGGAGAUGGUGGAAAAGAUGGAGGUGAAGGGAGAAAUGAAAGAGAUGGCUUUUAUCAUGGCAGUAGUGAAGAUACAGGGACAGGAACCGAGGAAGGGAAAAACAAAGGUGAUGAAGACAAAGUUGAUAAAAAUGGCGACUUUGAGAACCUCCAAGGAGAUGGAGAUGAUAGAAAUACAACAGAUGAUGCUGGUGACAAAAAGAAGAAGCAAUUACGAGAUGGUCCUUUGGCUCCUGAGACUGUCAAAGAUCGAGGUGUUCAGUUUGUCAGAGGGCUGUCAGAUUUAAAUGCCAGUGUUGGUGGUCAUGCAGAGCUGUCCUGCAAACUGAGCAGUGACACUUCAGAGGGACGGUGGUACAAAAAUGGAAAGCUGCUAACAAAUGAGGUGGGAGUAAAGAUAAUUAAAGAGGGCGCUUGUCACACUUUGAUCAUUGAAUGCUGUAAAAACGAAGAUAUAGCCGUGUACCGCUUUGAAUCAGAAGGACGCAAAUCGGAGGCAAAAGUUAAUGUUCAAGACCCACCAACAAUCGACCCAGAUGUUUUAGGGAAAUUCAAAAAUCCAGUCGUUAUAAAAGCAGGUGAAAAUGCUGAAUGGAAGCUGCCGUUUUCAGGAGGAGCACCAAUGAACAUUCAGUGGUACAAGAAUGAUGAUGAGCUUUUACCUGCUGUCAAUGUGAAGAUUGAGACCUCAGACACCAAGAGCCAACUGCGUCUUACUAAGUGUCAAAGGAAAGAUAGUGGAGGUGUCAAAAUCAAAAUUAAAAAUGAGUUUGGCACAAUAGAAGCCAUUUCAAAGCUUAUUGUACUAGACAAACCAACACCUCCUCAAGGUCCUGUGGACAUCAUGGAAAGUGCUGCAACAUCUGUUGAAUUCAAAUGGAAACCACCAAAAGACAGCGGUGGUUGCCCAAUUACAAAUUAUAUCAUAGAGCGGCAACAAGUUGGACGAAAUAAAUGGUCAAAUCUUGGAGAGAUCCCUGGUACACCACAUUACAAAGAUACCAAUGUGGAUCCUGGAAGGAAAUAUUCCUACAGAAUAAGAGCCAAGAAUGCAGAGGGCAUUAGUGAUUACCUGCAGUCAGAGGACAUAUCAGCAGGUGUAUUACGUUACCCUGGACAACCAACAACACCUAAAGUGGUCAGCGUCUUUAAAGACUACAUCAAUCUGUCAUGGUGUGGUCCAUGUGAUACAGGCGGAACCAAAAUAGUGGGCUAUAAUUUGGAAAAGAACAAGACAGGCACCAAUUACUGGAGUCUUGUAAACCAAAAGGGGCCAAUCCCAGAUACAAAGUAUGCAGUGAACGAUGUCUUUGAGGGUGCUGCAUAUCGAUUCAGAGUGUCUGCUGUCAAUCUGUCUGGUGCUGGAGAUCCCAGUAUUCCAUGUGACACGGUUAUUGCGAGAGAUCCAAUGAAACCCCCAGGCAAAGUGACAGACCUUAAAUUAACGUCUUCCAGUUACACAACAUUUUCACUGGCAUGGAAAAAGCCAAAGGAAGUAAAAGGAGAAGAAGAUGAACCCCGUGGAUACUAUGUGGAAAUCAGACCAAUAGACAGUCUAGAAUGGAUCCGAUGUAAUGCCAUUCCAAUUGGUUUAACUUCCUACACUGUGCUGGGCCUCAAGGCAAUGGCCACAUACUGGGUGAGAGUAAUUGCCACAAAUUAUGGUGGUGAUGGACAACCUCAGGGCUUUGACAAUUAUUUCAUUGCCAUGCCACCUCCCGUGAAGCCAAAAUUUAAAGGCCGCAACAUGAAGUCCUUAAUGGUGGUGCGAUCUGGAAACACUGUUCGUCUCAACAUCAACUUUGAGGCAUCUCCAAUGCCUGACAUUUUUUGGGUAAAGGAUGGACUCCCAUUGGCCAAACAUGUAACCAUAACUAACUCUGAUAAAGGAUCUCAGCUGUUGAUUCCCACAUCUGAGCGAUCAGACAGUGGCAUCUACACCAUUACUGUGAAGAACAUUGUUGGUCAGGAGAGCUUCAGUGUUGAAAUCAGAGUUACAGAUGACCCGAAGCCUCCAGGCCUCACUGAGCUGGAACAGAACAUCCCAGGAACAGUAACUUUGUGCUGGGCUCCCUCUCCAGAUGAGAAGAGAGACGACAGACUACAUUACACGGUUUCCAAGCGAGACUCCUUCAAACAAACUUGGAGGACGGUGGCCGACAACAUCUUUAACAAUAAGUUAACAGUCAUCAACAUUAUGCCUGGACGGGAGUACUACUUUAGGGUGUUUGCUAAAAAUGACAUGGGCCUGUCGCCACCAUCUGAAUCUGCUGUGUUUGCAAUCAAAAAGGAAAAAGAAAAGUUCAAGGUAAGCUUGCCAGAGAAUAAACCUUUGGACUUUGAGUCGCCGCCAUCAUUCAUUGUUCCCCUGAAGAGGCGCACAGCUCCUCAAGGAUAUGAAUGCCACAUGAGCUGUGCGGUAAGAGGUGAUCCCGUGCCACGUGUGACAUGGUGCCGCAACAACAUCAGCAUUAACACAAACACAAAUUACCUCAUUACAAAUGUAUGUGGAGUCUGCUCCCUGCUCAUACUGCGGGUGGAACCCAAAGACUAUGGAGAAUACAAAGUGGUGAUAGAGAACAAACUGGGAGCUGCAGAGUCCUCGAUGACGCUGACUGUCAGAGAGUGA